CUAUUAACUGUAGAUCUUGAGAGAAGAGAAGGUGAUCCGACCUCCUUCCAACUGGAAGUCGCUGAGUGAUAGCAAUUAUUUCUGGGAGGGACGACUAUACUAAUGGUCGGAACUGUGUUGUUGUGGCCGCUGGAAGGCGCCGAGACAGGACGGCUCCAGAGAGCUGGGAUCGAUCUUGGGGUCCUCCGGGCUGGAAAUCUCUGCUACUUCUUUGGAAUCUUAGCAAUGUCCUCUGGAAUCCACUCAUAUCUUUUACCGCCUCCGGCAUCGAGCUCAACUACAUUUGCAAUUCAAUCUGGUCGGCAGUAUCACAGACGAAUGAGCUGCGUGCAUGAACUUGAUUUAGUAAUACCAAACAUAAAAGAAUUUUUAUGAUUUAUGAUUAAGGUGCCUGUAGUUAAAUAAAUAAACGCAUUACUGGCACGCAAAGACUUUAACACGAUAAAAAUAAUUCACGUUUAAGACGCUUCGACAAUGGACAGUUUCUGCCAUGGUCCAUGAGAGAUUAAUUAUAAUAAAAAGUAGGAUACUCUACUUCCGAAACAUAGUUCUUCGACUGAAACGUUUCCCAGCAUUUCUUAUAAAUUUCCUCUUUCCCUGCAUUCACCUUGAAGUCUUGAUCUUGAUUGUUGGUUUCAAGCCUGAUCAAAGGAUCCAAUAUUAGUGUCUCCUUUUACAUCGUAUUUAAUACUAAAAUAUUGAGCCUUCUGUAUCCAAGUAAUAAACUUCGCUGAAACAAUUAUAGUUCUUUAUUUCAUGUAAUUCAAAUAUACUAUUAUAUCCACAUAAAUUAUUAC